AUGCUGGCUGCUGUAUGCUGCUUUGGAGGACCUGAUGAACACACCAAAUCGAUCGAAAGGCAACUCCAAAAGGAGAAAAAACAGCUGAAAAAACAGGUGAAGUUGUUAUUGCUUGGCUCAGGAGAGUCAGGAAAAUCAACAUUCAUCAAGCAAAUGGUCAUUAUUCAUGGGAAAGGAGAAUUUACAGCUGAUGAAGUCCGAGCAUAUCGUCAACAAAUUUAUCAGAAUGUGAUCUCAGCAAUGCGAGUACUCUUGGAUGCGCGUCAAAAGCUCGGAUUUGCGUGGCAGAAUCCCGAGCGACAAAAACAUGUCGAAGCAGUUAUGAGGUUCACAGCUACUGAUAUGAUGCGAGGUAUAGAUCAACCAACAUUCGCCGAUGUGGCACCCUUGGUAAGAGAUCUGUGGGAUGAUCAAGCUAUCAAGCAUACUUAUGAACAACGAAAUUUGUUCCAAAUUUGCGAUUCGUGCAUUUAUUUUUUCGAGCAUAUCAACAGGGUCUCAAUGCCGGAUUAUUAUCCAACCAAUAGAGAUAUUUUGUUUUGUCGGAAGGCCACUCGUGGUAUAACUGAACACGUCUUCGAAAUUCAGCGGAUACCGUUCAGGUUUAUCGAUGUUGGCGGUCAACGAUCGCAAAGGCAAAAGUGGUUUCAGUGUUUCGAGGAUAUUACAAGCAUCUUAUUUAUGGUCGCCUCUUGCGAAUAUGAUCAGGUGAUACUGGAAGAUCGACGUACCAAUCGCGUAGUUGAGUCUCGGUCGAUAUUCGAGACCAUUGCCAACAACAAGUCAUUUUCAAACGUCUCCAUCAUUCUUUUCAUGAAUAAGAGUGAUCUGUUGGAACAAAAAGUGCCAAAAUCAGAUAUCCGUCAGUACUUUGCGGAUUUCACGGGUGAUCACCGCAGUGUACGUGAUGUACAAUUUUUCUUGGUGGAUAAAUUUGAAAAUUGUCGGCGAGAUAAACGGCGUCCGUUCUUUUAUCAUUAUACGACUGCAGUUGAUACGGAAAAUAUACGACGAGUAUUCAAAGAUUGCCGAGAAAGCAUUCUUGAGCAGAAUUUGAAGACGUUGAUGAUGCAGUAG